AUGGACAUGGAGGAAGAGGAAGAGCUGGACAAGUUCACGUACAUCCUCUUCGACCCCAACGUCUAUCUAGCCGAAUUAGACCACCUCGUGUGCAUACAAGAGGGCGGGCUCAUCGAGUGCAACUCCCUUAUCUCGCUGGGGUCUAUAUCCAGGGAUGACCACGACUGCAAGCCCGAGCAGAAGAUCCAUCCGAGUCUUGGGUCGCGCUGA